UGCUUUGUCAUAAAUGUACAAACGCUUGAACUUAGAGCGCAGCCCUUCUCCGAGUGGGCAGAAGGGGCCAGGACUUUGGAGGUACGCGUACUCCAAAAAAGGGUCACGGAAAGGAGUUUUCUUGACCACGGCUAUAUGAGCGAGGGGAUAGGAUUGGAAUCUUUUUCGCUGUACGUAGAGGAGAAACGACUGGAAGCAGCGUUCCAGUGGCUGCAUGUGUCUCCCCCUUGAGUCCCGCGGCGCGCGGCGGCUUGCACGUUGUUUGCAAACACAAGAAGAUUCUGUGCACAAGCGCAGAGAAGGCGUGCGCGCUGCCCCGGCACUCAGACCACCGGUCUCUUUCCUUCGGGAAGCGGGGGUUUCAUGGAGCGAGUUACGUUCUCUGGAUUUAGAGGCAGAGGGCGGCACGCCUGGGCUGAGUUCCCAGAAGGAGAUUGCGCCCCUUUUUAACCUAGGGGAUAAGCGGCUGUUACUGUUCUUGACGUUGAGUGUGUGUUUGUUAAACUCUGUGCGGCUGACGGAGCUGUGCCAGUCUCUGGGCACAGUAUGCAGAGGGCGGGAAAGGCGGGUGGACCCACCGCGCCGAUCCUCUGAGGGGAUCGAGUGGUGGCAGCAGCUAGGAGUUGAUCGGCCCGCGCGCUUGGGGAUUGAGGGGGAAACCUUUCGGGCGUCCGAAGCGCAGCACUUCCCCACGACCGCGAGUGGGUCCUGCAGUUCGAGAGUUUGGAAUCGUGCAGAGGUGGUGGGAUCAGAGGGGUGGUUUGACCUCCCCUUUGACACCGCGCAGCUGCCAGCCCCGAGAAGUGGGCUCCGGGGACUGGGGGGACCGAGGCGGUUAGGACCGCACCUGGGCUACCCGGUCGCUGCGGCAAAGACAGGCAGGUGCAAGUGGGGAAACCGUUUGGCUCUCUCCGAGUCCAGUUGCGAUGUUUAACCGUCGGUGGUUUCCAGAAGCCUUUUGAAACCCUAUUGCUAGGGAGUUUUUGGUUUCCUGCAGCGGCGCGCAAUUCAAAGGCGCUCGCGGCGGAGCCGCCCUGUCUCUCCCCAGCACCCUGUGGGACCGAGCCUGCUGGCGUGUCGCCCAGCGGAGCCCCUGCAACCCUGCUUGUGGGCGGCAGGCGUGGGCGUGGUGGGCAGCCGUGACGGUCAGGGCUGGACGACCCGGCCCCCAGCGUGCCCACUGAUCCAGUUAACCCGGCCCCCAGCUGCCCAUCUCCGGCCGGGUUAACUGGAUCAGUGGCAGGGUAAUGGGAAGCCACCCGGGAGAGUGAGGAAAUGAAACUUGGGGCGAGGACCACGGGUGCAGACCCCGUGACCUUCUCCACCCAGGAAAAUGCUGCGUUCCCUAACUUCCCAAAGGCGCCAAAUGAUAAACACGAGGAUGGCAAAAGAGACCCACGCCCGGGAGGAGCGCCCGCUUGGGGGAGGAGGUGCCGUUUGUUCAUUUUCUGACACUCUCCCAAUAUACCCCAAGCACCAAAGGGCCUUCGUUCUAAAACUGUAUUUGCUUUACACACUACAUGUUGCUUGAAGCGCAGAAUGGUUUGUGUUUAGGCAGGCGUGGGAAAAUACUGUUUUUGCGCCUUAGGAGAAUGAGUCUUUGGGACGCCCCCUCCCUUCCCCCCCGUGCUCCUCCCUCCCCUCUUCCCUCCCUUGGGGAAAAACUUCUUACAAAAAGUUAAUCGCAGCCCCAUCUCGCUGCAGCCACCCCACCCCCCACGCCGCCUGGGAGUGGCCUCUUUGUGUGUAUUUUUUUUUCUCCAAGGAAGGUUUUUUUUCUUCCCUCUAGUGGGCGGGGCAGAAGAGUUAGCCAAGAUGCGACUUUGAAACCCUCAGCGUCUCAGCGCCCUUUUGUUCUAAACAAAGAAUUUAGUAAUUGGUUCUACUAAAGAGGGAUAUAAUGAAGUCACUAUGGGAAAAGAUAGGGAGGAGAGUUGUAGGAUUCUACAGUAAUGCUCUUGUGCCCUUAGCCUAGUACUUCAGAAUUGCCUGAAGAAAGCAAGCCUGAAUUGCUUUUUUAAAUUGCCUUUUAAAAAAAAAUUUUUUUAACUUGGAUAAU